GUACUGUCUUUAUAACUUGGAUUUUCACAAUGUGCACGUGAAUAUUUCAAAAGAGUGUCACUCGUAAUUGUUUUCUUCGAUUAACAUCCUCGUUUCUCUACGUGAAUCUACUUGACUUCUUCUAACAAAAGGCAGUCGACAUGGCAAAAUUUUGUCUGAAAAAAACUAGCAAACGCAUGCCUGCGCGAACAAGGUACAAGAUUGAGAAGAAGGUUCGUGAGCAUAAUCGUAAAAUGAAAAAGGAGGCAAAGAAACAUCCAAAAAAAAAAUCAAAGCAGGUAAUACAAGUACCGAAUCAAUGUCCAUUCAAAGAGGAUAUACUAAAGGAAGUGGAAGCUAUGAGAAAACAGCAUGAAGAGGAAAAGCAAAAGUUACGGGAAGUAGCGCGGGAAGAAAAGCGACAGAAACUAGCUGGUGGCUUGGAAGGUCUUGUUUCACAAGCACAAACAAAACAGAAUCUUCAUACUCGUGACUCUUCUACAUCGGAGACUAACAAUGUCGAUAAUUCAAAAAAACAAGCUGGGCAACAGGAAAACUCUUUAAAAGCCUACUAUAAGGAAUUCAAAAAAGUAUUAGAUGCGGCUGAUGUCAUACUUGAAAUUGUCGAUGCUCGAGAUCCUCUGGGCACAAGAUGCAAGCAGGUCGAGGAAGCUGUUCGAUCAGCUGGUGGUAACAAAAGGUUGGUAAUUGUAUUGAAUAAAGCUGAUCUAGUACCAAGAGAGAAUUUGGAUCAAUGGCUCAAGUAUUUACGUGCAAGUGUACCAGCUGUGGCACUGAAGUCAUCUACACAGAAUCAGACGAAGAGACUAGGUAAUCGGAAGCUGGCUAAGAAAAAGGAAGAUCUUAUACAAGGUGGCACAUCCUUUGGUGCUGAAUUAAUACUCUCUCUUUUGGGUAACUACUGUAGAAACAGUGGAACAGUCAAGAGUAGUAUAACAGUAGGUGUAGUUGGUCUUCCUAAUGUUGGGAAGUCAAGUGUUAUUAAUUCUUUAAAAAGAAGUAAAGCGUGCAAUGUUGGUAACACACCAGGAGUCACAAAGACAAUGCAGCCAGUUCAGUUAGACUCAAAAAUAAAACUUUUGGACUCGCCAGGAAUUGUAUUCGCGGGUAAAAAGUCUGCUGAUAAUGUAGAGGAAGAUGACUCCUCCAUUGCUCUUAAAAAUGCUGUAAGGAUACAGUCACUUAGGGAUCCUUAUGGACCUGCAACUGCCAUUUUAAGGCGUGUGUCUAAGCAGCAAAUAAUGGAGCUCUACGACAUGCACGAAUUCUUAACCCCAGAGGAAUUUUUUGCCAAAAAAGCUGCCAGGAUGGGAAAAUUCAAAAAGGGAGGAGUACCAGAUGCACUAGCUGCAGCGCGUAGUCUCCUCGAAGACUGGAGUUCUGGAAAAAUAAGGUACUACACGGUACCACCGGAACAACCAAUGUCGCAACUAUCGGCCGAAAUUGUCUCCACCAUGGCUAAAGAAUUCGAUAUAGAGAGUUUUGCUGCUGAAGAAAAAAUGGUACUGGAUAGUGUUGCUGCUGCGAGCGUUGCGGCAUCUGAUCCUGAUUUUCCAACUCCGGACCCAAUUAUUCUCGAGAGUUCUGGUCCGGUAGAUUCAGCAAUGGAAGUUGAGGAUAAGGCAGCGGAAUAUAAGGUAGCAACUGCAGCAAAAAAGAAAAAAGAUAAAAAGCCAGGACAGCAGGUGAAUCAGGAGGCGAGAAAGAAGAAGAGUGAACCUCUUUUCGAAAUUGAAGGAAAUCAGAAAUUGAAUAAAUUAAACAAAUUGCAAUUUAAGAAACAGAAAAAGGAACGAGUUAGACGGGAGAAAGAAGCCACAAAAUUGGCGGGACAACUCGAAGGAUUCAAUUUGGCAUCAGAAGAUUAUGACUUCACAACUGAUUUCACGCCUAAAUAAAAUAUAAUGACAGGUGUAUAUACAAUAAUAAAAUAUGAAAAAAAGAGAA